UGCAGGCCCGGGCGGGGCGGCCAUGCAGCUGUGUGUGUCCCAGUCCCCAGCUGCCUGGAUGUGCACCCGGGCUUCAGCAGAAGAAACCUGCCAGCACGCGGUGGUCCGAAGGCGCAGGAAGGAGCACGUGGGGCUCUGACCAAAGGCUGGUGUCCCCAGGGCCAAGGAGGUGGCUGGCAGCAGGUGGCAGCGUGGUUUCAGAUGAGGCUUUUUUUUUUUUUUUAAGAUUUUUAUUUACUUAUUCAUGAGAGAGAGAGAGGCAGGCUCCAUGCAGGGAGCCCGACGUGGGACUCGAUCCCAGGACCCCAGGAUCACGCCCUGGGCUGAAGCCGCUAAACCGCUGAGCCACCCGGGCUGCCCUCAGAUGAGGUUUCGACAGAGCCCUCCUGUGGCCUUCAGAAAGACACUGGAGAAGGAAGCCAAGGGAGUGGAGCCGGACAUCGCGGUCCCCAAAUUCAAGCAGAGGAAGUGGGAGUCUGACAAGGCCUACGUCCAGCGAAUGGAGCAGGAGGCCCAGCACGUGCUCUUCCUCAGCAAGAACCAGGUGGUCCGGCAGCCUGAGGUGCAGGCGGCUCCCAAAAAGGAGAAGUCGGAGCGGAAGAAAGCGUUCCAGCAACGGCGACUGGAUAAAAUCCGGCAGAGGAGGGAGGAGAAGGCAGCAGAAAGGCUGGAGCAGGAGCUGCUCCGAGACCCAGUGAAGUUCGGUGAGGUGGCCCUGCAGCCCCCAGAGCUGACUGCCCAGCCCAGGUCGAGCGCGAGCAGGGGCCAACCUGGGAAGAAAUCGCUGAUGCUGAGGAAGCUUUUGAGCUCUGGUGGCGUGUCCCAGCCUCUGACCACGUCACUGGCCCGACAGCGGAUUAUUGGGGAGGAGAGAGAGCGGGCCGUGCAGGCCUAUAGGGCACUGAAGAAGCGGCAGCAGCAGGGGACUCAGUCACCACAGCCACCCCACCUCGCUUCCAGGAAGAAGGCAGAGAUGUGUCUGUGACGGCAGGACCAGGGCCUCCACGCCUGUGUGGGGGAGGACGAGUAGACGGCCUGGAACACACACUGGGACUCUCAGGGCCCCCAUGGACUCGCUCUCUGGUGCAGAAGGCUCCAGGCCUUUUCUCUCGUUUUUUCUCCUUAGGAUGGCUCUCCUGUGAGUGACCGUCUGCUUGUGUGUCCGAAGUCCCCAUAGAGUGGCCAGCGGCUGUUUGGGACACAGUCGGGCACACCUAGCCUCAUUCCCCUGAAGCUGGCAUCACUCACAGCUUUGUUCUGAAUACUCAGGUCCAGGCUGAGAUAAUCAGGGCUACUUUAGGGAGGACAGUCCUUAAACGCCAGUCCACUGGAGAGACCAUGCUCGCUCGGCCGAAUUUAACUGAAGCUCUGUGGGGCUGAACAGCACAGUAUGGCGGGAAGCACAGGCCAGGCAGCGGGUCGGGGUCCGCAUCCCUACAGAGGCAGGUGGAGCCCACCCAGGCUCUCACUGGGGUACAGAGACUGAUGGCACCACCCACACCUAGUGGGUUUGAGAGGAGGUUGGGGAAAGAAGAGGUAUGAAGCCGUGUGAUGGCAAGGACAGAACUCUGGCCCAGGUCCUGCCUGUGGUUAAAAAAAGGUGAUGUUGGAAUUCCUGCCAACCACAGGGCCUGGUGAGGUUUGACCCUUCCACCAGAGCCGAGGGAGGGAAGGAGGGAGGGCGGGCGGGCACGCAUGCCCGGACAGCAAUGUGCUUAAGACCUUAAGGGGAGAGUCCUGCUGCUCCUACCCUGGUGAGGACAGCACCUGGCUCUGCUUGGCCUCGCCAGCUCCGGCUCUGUAGCUGGCAGACGUGGGCCUGGACAGUCCAGGAAAUGCUCUAUCUCAGCCUCGGCCAGGUGGCCCUACACAGGCAGUGUGCUCUGUGGGAUCCUUCUUUUGCCCUUGUUUGCAUCUUUUUUUUUUUAAUUAAAAACCUGAGUU